AUGGCUCAAGCGUGUCACUCAUGUAAACAUUCAGCAGACGUGAUCCAUUGUGUAACCGAAUCUCUCAACUUCUGUCUUACAUGUGACUACCUGCGCCAUUGUAAUAACUUGCAUGCGGAACAUGUACGUUACCAAGUCUGCGAUAACUGCAAGCGGAAUCCAGCUUUACUCCUCUGCUGUGACGAUGAGAAGGCUCUUUGCCAAUCUUGUUAUUCAUGCUAUUUCAAGUGCACCACUCUCCGCCACCGCAUUCAACUCCUCAAUCGCUUUCCUCCUCCACAUCAUAACACCACUAAUCAGCAUCAUGAGCAUGCGCAUAUGCCUCAUGUGGUUCAAAAUAGCAAUCAUGACAAUCAUGAGCACGAGCAUGUAGUUGGUCACCACCACCAGAGAAGAGCAGGGAUGUUUGAGAUGAGCUGCAACGGGAAUAACAAUUGUGAGAGAUGGAUGUUUGCAAUGAGAUGUGAAUCAUGCUUAGCGUCAAACGCUGUUGUUUACUGUCGUGGACACGACAAGCUUCUGUGCCAUAAUUGCGACCGGGUGUUUCACCUUCACGAGGCCGUGCCGCCGCAUGUGAGGUGUAUGCUUUGCGGAAACUGCAAGAGACCUUCUCGCAAUUUUCUCAUCGGAGCAGCUGGUCAUCAGUUUACUUUCCCACCGACGAUUCAUCCUCCGGCGGCGCCCGAGGAGGUUUCAGCGUCGCCGUCCACAGGACUUAAUCAACAAGAUAAUGAUUUACGUGAUGAUUCUUUUCGAGAUAAUGAAUAUUCACAAGAUAGAUAUGAUUUUUCUUGGUUUGGUGGAUAA